GUGAGGUCUUUGACUACCUGGUGGCUCACGGACGGAUGAAGGAGAAGGAGGCGCGGGCGAAGUUUCGUCAGAUUGUGUCGGCGGUGGAGUACUGUCACCAGAAGAGGAUCGUCCACCGAGACCUCAAGGCAGAAAACCUCCUGCUGGACGCCGACAUGAACAUUAAGAUCGCGGACUUCGGCUUCAGUAACGAGUUCACGCCGGGCAGCAAGCUGGACACCUUCUGCGGAUCUCCUCCCUACGCCGCUCCAGAACUCUUCCAGGGGAAGAAGUACGACGGGCCGGAGGUGGACGUCUGGAGUCUGGGAGUGAUUCUGUACACGCUGGUCAGCGGCUCGCUGCCUUUCGACGGCCAGAACCUCAAGUAUGACUUUAUUUUCAUAUUAUGAUGUUUUUAUUUCUCAAAAUUAUGACGUGAUUCUUGAUAUCGGC